AUGGCAGACUCGUCGGCACACAGGUCAGAUGUCCAUCAGGACGAGCACAGCACGGAAAAGACUCCGCCGUUGAACUACGACCUCGAACAAAAUGGAACAACCUCGCCGUCUCGCACGACGAAAUCUUCAGUCUACGCUGGCCUCGGCUGGCUCGACCGCCUCCUUGUUCUAUGGAUCCUACUCGCUAUCGUCAUCGGCAUUCUACUUGGCAAUUUCGUCGACAGCGCUGGCCCUGCCUUGCAGAGAGGGCACUUUGUGGGUGUUAGCAUACCAAUUGCUGUUGGACUCCUCGCGAUGAUGUAUCCAAUUCUAUGCAAAGUGCAGUACGAGACAUUACACGAAGUUUUCUCGCAUCGUGAGGUUUGGGUGCAGCUUGCAUUCAGCAUCGUGGUGAAUUGGAUCAUCGCUCCAUUGUUGAUGCUCGGACUGGCAUGGGCUUUUCUUCCAGAUGAACCUGGCCUGCGCAACGGCCUCAUCUUCGUCGGACUAGCUCGAUGCAUCGCGAUGGUAUUAAUCUGGACUGGCUUAGCUGGUGGCGACAACCAGUACUGUGCUAUCUUGGUGGCCGUCAAUUCGAUCUUACAAAUGGUGUUAUACGCACCACUAGCGAUAUUGUUUGUCAAUGUGAUCAGUCGAGGCGAUGCUAAGGAGGUCUCAUACUCAGUGGUCGCCCGCAGUGUCGGUGUCUUCCUGGGCAUCCCUCUGGGUGCAGCAAUCCUGACGAGGUGCGCUUUAAGGCUCGCCAAUGCGAAGUGGUAUGACACGACGUUUCUGAAGUGGAUUUCACCACUUUCACUCAUCGGUUUGCUGUACACGAUCAUUGUGCUGUUUGCCUCGCAGGGCAAGCAAGUCGUCCAUCAGAUCGUCGCGGUGGUGAGAGUAGCGGCGCCCCUGGUAGUCUACUUUGCCAUCAUCUUCUUCGCCACCCUGCUAGUGACGAAGCGGCUUGGAUUCGGAUACAAGCUCGCCGCAACUCAGAGCUUCACAGCUGCAAGCAACAAUUUUGAGCUGGCGAUCGCGGUUGCCGUCGCAACCUUCGGUGCGGACAGCGAUGAGGCUCUAGCUAGCACUGUGGGCCCACUCAUCGAGGUCCCGGUGUUAGUCGCUCUCGUAUAUCUUGUGAAAUGGUUGGCAGGACGCUGGGGCUGGCAGGAUUGA